GAUAGCUUAGCAUUUUUUUUCUUCCUUACAACAAUCACACAACUUGUUGUUCCGUCUUUGCUCAUUGCUUGAUUCUCUCUCUCCGUGGAUAUUUCUUUGAUUACUGUGUGUGCGCGUUGCAGAAAAGAUGCUCAAGGUCCCUGAACACCAAGUAGCCGGCCACAUCGCCAAAGAAGGGAAGCUAGGUCCACUCGUAGACGACCGAGGACGAUUCUACAAGCCGCUUCAAGGCGACGCACGCGGCGAAAACGAGGCCAAGUUCUACGAGUCUUUCUCCUCCAACAAGAAUGUUCCUGACCACAUCCGUGGAUACUUCCCUGUGUACCACGGCGUUCAGCUGGCUGAAGCCUCUGAUGGAUCAGGCAAGCUUCCACACAUGGUUCUUGAAGACGUUGUUUCGGGUUACGUGAAGCCUUCGGUUAUGGAUGUUAAGAUUGGGUCUAGGACUUGGUACCCUGACGUGUCCGAAGAGUAUUUUAACAAAUGUAUAAAGAAAGAUAGUGCCACCACCACGAUUUCUUUGGGGUUCAGGGUUUCGGGUUUGAAGAUUUUCGACUGCCAGGAGUCGAGGUUCUGGAGACCAGAAAAGAGGGUUGUUCUUGCGUAUAAAGUUGAUGGUGCUAGAAUGGCUUUAAGGAAGUUUGUUUCGUCAAACCCCUCUGCUGACUCGGUACCGGACUGUGCAUAUGCGUCAGAAGUUUACGGAGGCUCUAAUGGGAUCUUGGCGAAGUUGCUGGAGCUUAAGGCUUGGUUUGAGACGCAGACGCUUUACCAUUUCAACUCUUGCUCGAUCUUGAUGGUUUAUGAGAAUGAAUCAGGGGGUGAUGAUGAGAGGAGGGCACAAGUGAAGCUGGUGGAUUUUGCGCAUGUUCUUGAUGGAAACGGUGUGAUUGAUCAUAACUUCUUUGGUGGACUCUGCUCGUUCAUUAAGUUCAUUCAAGAUAUACUUGAGAGCUCAGACAACCGCUGCGAGAAUGGGCACUAGGGACUAACUAACUGUGUCCCUUCAAAUAAUAAUCUCCAGUUCUUCCUUCCUUGGGCUAACUGUGUUUGGAUACAGACUUGUGUCUCUUUCAAUUGUAUAAUUUGGUUAUGUCCUGCCGAACCAAACCAUUGUACUGUACUUUUUCAUAUGAGUUUUAAUGAAGUUUCCAUGGAAGUAAA